UUCGUUUGCUCGCUUCUUCGCCUGCGCUCUUGUCUUGCAUUUUCUAAGCCGAUACGCGUCGUUGCAUUAACGGUAAAACCAAAGUUUGAUAUUAACAACGCAUACAAAAAAUUGAAAGUGUCGUUCUGCAAUACAUUUAUACAAGUUUCUGCUAAGACAAAAAACAAAUCUAUAAACAUCUUCGCCAAAGUCAAAAGCAGAGCUGCACCUGUUUCCUGCCGCAUCAACCAAAGCCACCACGCACAUCUGCUGCCGCAUUAUGAGGCACGUACGCGCCUUUGGCUACGCAUAAAAAUGCGAUGUGCUUCAAACAUAUAAGCAUAAAGCAUAUACGAGUUUAGAAACGAAGAAAAAGUGUAGUGUAGUGCAGUGCAGUGCAGUGCAGUGUCUCCCAACAUAUUUCGCUGUCGGCGUCGCUUGCGCAAGUGCUGAUAACUUAAUGCUGAGCGCCAACAACAACAACAAAUAAGCAUAAAAAGAAACAAGAACAGAGACAACGGCCUUGUCUACUUGUCGCGCUGCCUUUUUUGUUUUGUGCGUCCCUCCGUAUUUGCGCUUGCACACAUCCACACUUACUUACAGACUUUACGCAGCGCUGCAAUCUAUCAUAGUCAGUGCACUCGAAUACCAGAACAAGCCACACAAAAAACAAAAAGCAAACUAAACUUUUUCUUCUUCUUGGGAUUAAAUACCACAGUUGGAUAUUUUAGAGACAAACGCGUCAUUUUCAAAGAUGCUGAAACACGUGCAAAUUUCGCCGCUGCGCAAUCGCGCCGAUUCGCUCUCCUUGAGAUCCAGCAAUGUGUCCUCCUGUGCCUCAUCGAUGUGCGGCAGUCCGGAGCCACCGAAUGACUUGCAACGCACUCCUUCACGAGCCUCCAGCUACUCAAGUCUUAACGAACAGCUGCCACAGACCACCAUCAAGGUCUAUACGAAUUGUCUGAAAAUUGACAUCGAAUACAAAACACUGGGCAUACAAUGGGAUACCACCAGCAAGGAGGUGAUUGCGCAGCUACUCAGACGUCUCAAAAUGCGUCAUCGCGAUCCACGUCUGUUUUAUCUGUCCAUGGAGGUGGCCGUGCGUCGCGCCGGAGUCAAAACCAUUCUGGUGCUGGACGACGACACCCGUCCGGCCAUAUUGCAGGCCUGUCAUCCCAAGGGGGAGUCUCGCUUUUGUCUGCAGCUGAAGCCUGGCGGACUCAUACGCGUCCACACAUCGGCCUUGCAGCCGACCUCGCAGUACAAAUCGCUGGUCAUCAGCGAGGAGACCACUUCGGAUGAGUUGCUGCAGCUGUUGCUGGGCUGCUAUAGUUCGCUGGAGCCCGUGGAGCAGUUCUCCAUCUAUGAGGUGUGCCCGGGGCAGGAGUAUCAGCGGAAGCUGCAUCCCGACGACCUGCCACUGCGCGCCCAAAUCGAACGCAUGAAGCGCGGCGAGUCCUGCCACUUUCUGGUGCGUCGCAAUCCGAAUUAUGCGCGUCGUCGCCAACUGCUGGCCAACCUGAAUGAGGCAAUCAACAAGUCCUUUGAGAGCGAAGGUAAUGCGCCGGCCGUCAAUGCGGCUGAGGACACCAACAGCUUAUUGGAUCUGUCCAUUGAAUCGCUCUCCGAUGAUUUGCACAGUUUGCUGACCACAAGCAGCAGCAGCAGCGGCAGCAGUAGUGGCAGCAGCCUGGAUGACGAUGCCGAGGAGGAUGAGUGCGCCAGUUCAUCCGGAUCCUCGGACAAUUCGACCGAGUGUGCGACAAGCGGCUUGCGGCGUGCCGUCGUCGUCUGUCCCAAGUGCCGGAACACGUUCAAAUCCUGCGAAUUUUGCAAACAAAAUUCCAGCGCAUUGAUUGGCACCCAAGCCCCAGCGACAACCACAGGCUCGUCGGUGUCUCCUCUGGCCAACUCGCCUCCCGCGCGCGCCUACAGUCCGGUCUACAAUAUACGUGAGAUACGCACAGCCUCGCACUCGUUCUCCUCGCUGGGCAAGGACAAAAAGCUGCUGGACAUCCACAUAAAUGCCCGCUAUGCGCCCUCGGCAGCCGUCUACAGUCGCCUGCUGCCCGUCGCCGAAGUGGAGGCGCCUCCCCUGGACAUCAAUGGCAAUGCGGCCACCAGCCAGACAACGACUCCCCUCAGUGCCGAGGCCGUCAAUAAUAAUCCGGCCAAGGGCUUGGGCCAUUUCGUCUAUCUGUAAGCCCAGGAUAGCUGUUAGAGUUGUUGUUGCCGUGCCGGGAGCCACGAGUCAUAGCUUCCCAUUUUGUUUUCUUUUUUGUUGUUGUACAUACACUUAGAGUUCUUAGGCUAACACUCCCCCCAAAAACACGAGUACCGUAUGGACCAAAGAUGCAUUUGUAGGCUUAACUUAGCUCUUAGUGGCUUCACCUUUCUACAUAGUAUUAGUCUAUAAAGUGCACAGCCUGUAAAUAAUUUAUCUAAUCCGAGCAAAACUGGGCAUUGCCUUAACAGUAGCUAUAAAAAGUGAACAAAAAGUACAUCCUCGUAUGUACAAUUAAACGCACACUUGAUCCUUUGAAGCUUUCAUCACGCAAAUCAAAUUACAAGCAACAAUUUCGCGUGCGACUAAGUAAGGUUGAAAGCGAUCGGCAAGUGUCUCAAUAUAUGGAGUCUAUAGCUUAGAGCUUUAGUCCAGUUACUAAAGCUAACUUAAGUUUAUUUCUAUAAUGCUUCUUGUAUAAACU